UUUCGGCUGUCCCCUCGUGGUCCCGGAGGAUAUCAGCAACAUGUCGGUGUUCAUGGACCUGAACGUGAUGUUCUCACCGGACAGAACCGGACUGCAGGAGCUCGUGGAGACCGCCGCUCACUUGGGUUUCUCCGCCAUCGCCAUCAACUACAUGUUUGAACCGACGACCAGGAAGAAACAGGAAGUUCCCACUCCGACACCGAUCAGUGAGCUGAUUGAUCAGCUGCCGGUGGUGCAGGGUCGCUCUCGACCAAUCAGAGUGCUGAACAGGCUGACGGUGGUGAUGUCAGAUUCCAGUCACUUUAGGCCGAAUGCUCCGGAGUAUCGUCGCUUCGACCUCCUCGCCGUGCAGCCGACCACAGAGAAACUCUUCCACGCGGCCUGCUUGCUGUACGACAUCGACAUCAUCUGCAUCUCGGUGACGGAGAAACUUCCUUUCUUCUUCAAAAGAGCGCCGGUCAACGGGGCCGUGGACAGAGGCGUGGUCUUCGAGGUGUCGUACUCGGCCGCCAUCAGAGACGCCACCAUGAGACGCUACACCAUCACCAACGCCGUGAGUCUGAUGGAGAGCUGCAAAGGGAAGAACGUCAUCCUGAGCAGCGCAGCGGAGAAGGCUCUGGAGCUCCGAGGACCGUAUGAUGUCACCAACCUAGGCUUGCUGUUCGGUUUGGCCGACUCUGACUCCAAAGAAGCCGUUUCCUCCACCUGCAGAGCGGUUCUGCUGCACGCAGAAACCAGGAAGACAGCCUGUGGCGUUGUGCACACCGUGAAGAACCAGCAGGAUGACGGUGCAGCUCCUGCAGCCAAGAAAGCCAAACCCACCUGACCAAGUGCUUGACAGCAGAUUUUGUUUUAUAUCUUUUGUUUUUGCAGUCAUUAUUUCUGGUUUAAUAAACGGUGUAAAGAGUCA